UGACGGUUUACGCGUUUGCGUAUGAGAAACGGCUGUAGAAAAACAUCAAAAUCGUGUCUCUUGUGUACAUGAAAUCACCCUUUUUUUUAUGUGAAAAUCCGACCGAGCUUCCUUAUUUUCCAGAGGAUUCCGCAGGUGAUUGCCGUCUGCACCGGGAGUUUAUCUAUAUUGAAAGAGCAUGGGCCGACUGGAUGAUGCUGCCAAACACAAAGUGGUGGAGCUGCGGAAGGCUGGUCUCAGUUUCCGCAAAAUCAAAGCUGUUCUGGAGCUGGAGGACAUCAAGGUGUCUGCUCAAGCCAUCUACCUGUACCUGAGGGAGUUCCAGGGGAGGCCACCAGGGAGGGUAAGACCACUGGAGGCCAGAGGUAGCACAUUGGCACCACAGGCUCAGGCUCAAGCUGCAGCAAUUCAGGAGAGGUGGAGCAAUGUUCACCUUCAGAACCUGAGACGGGACGGGCCUCAUAGUGCCGAGUAUGCAGCUCCUACUGACUGCUCCAAACAGGUAUCCACAAAUUCAGAGGUUAAUGUAAAUUCCUCUGGAUCUGGGGAGACCAGCGGUAGCAGCAGGCUGGAGCAGCAACCUGGAGAAAAUAAGGAAGAAAACGACAUCCAGAUUGUUAGUGUCACUUCACUUGCACAGUGUGGCCUGCAAAGGGGGACCCAACCAGCUGUAACAAGAGCAGAAACUGGUACAAACAUGUCUUCCAUGUUAACUGCUUCUGGAGCAUUUAUGAGAAGGAGAGUUACACCUUCUCCAGCCACCAGUUCGAUUUUGGCAGCUCGAAAACGACUUCUGGACAGAGCGUUGUCACAUAAGACAAAGUCAUUCCACCAGGUGGCAGCGUUGUUAAGGAGAGAUCAGACUGGUGUUCAAAGUUCAGAUUUGAGCAGUGCUCUACCACAGCAGCCUGCAACCUAUGAUCUGACCACUGAAAAGACUGUUAUUGAGGGGCAGCCUGGGGGUAAUGGUUCCCCUCAGCGCUUUGCUCCACAAAGAUCAGGACAGAGCCUCCGCACCCCUCAUCCUCCUCCACGUGUUGGGAUACGCCUUCCUAAUCGUCCACCGGCACCGUUGGCAUCCUCAGCUCCAGGGACUGUUCUUCGUCUGCAGUCUCCCAGGAGUCAAGGCGCCACCACUCGCAGCGAAGGGAAUCCAAAUCCACCACAAGCAGUCCAGGAUACUAGAGGAAGGGGUAGUUUGCAGGACCAGAUUCAGAUCCUUGGCUCUGAGGUGCGCAGCCUGGGCCUUGCAGUGAAGAUGCUGGUGGACCAGCAGUGCCGUCUGGAAAGGGAGCAGUCGCAGCAGACACAGAUUCAGAAGCAGAUCCUCAGCACUCUCCAAACAUUUGCCUCUAAAACAGGACUCUGUAGCAGAACUCCGCAGCGGCUCAACAAAACUCCCUCCCCAUCCUCUUUGCCAACAGCCUCUGCCACUACCUCUUUUGGCCAAGACACGUACACUUUUAGCCAAGGCACGUUCUCUCAGUGCAGCCAGACUCAGCCAGGCUAUAACUCCUUAGAGAGAUUAGAAAAUGUAGAGGCCUUUAAGGUUCCAGGAAUGAGCCCUACAAGCAUAAAUGGGUUUCCACCGUGUAGCAACGCAGAAAGCCUUAAUCUUACUCACACUCCCUCUCAGACACAAACAUAUCCAGCUGCAUACCCACAGCAAACAGGUCAAGCACUCAUGCCACCUUACACACAGUCGUACGUCUCCACAUACAACCAGACACACACUCAGGCCUUCAGAACACCAGAAACUAAAACAUCAGAUUUUUCCAGCAGCUGUUCUGUGAGGACGUUCACAGACUGCAGCGGAUCUACCCAGCAGGUCAUGAACUCUCCUUCACACGACCAGCCACUCAGUAGCAUCAAGGUGGAAGGACCUUAGAUUCCAGUGUUUAGUCCUCCGAAGAACUAGAACUUGUUUCUCUUUUAAGUUACUGCAUCAUUGUUGUGUAAGGUACAUAUAAGGUACAUUUUAAGGUAUAAUUAUAGAGAAGAAGCUGUUUUUAAUUUAUUUAUUUCUGAGGUAAAUUAUCCAGCAACACAUACAGCAAUAUCUCAACAGAGAUGAAAGGUUUUUCUUACACCCCUCUGAUUUAUUUUGACCCCAAUUUAAAGCAAAUCAUAAUUAGUUGCUUUUUAUUGACACACUUUGUAUGUUUUUAUUUUUAUUUUGUCUUGCAUCCCCAGGAAAUGCGACACAAAUUAUAAAUUUUCAUAACUCUGAACCGUUUCAACAAAUAAGCAGAUUUCGAUCCAGAACGUGUAAUUAUUUCACAAUGUAAGGUAUUUCAGUAAUGUUUCAGGAAUGUUCACUGCCAAACACUUGGAAGAAGCAAUUGCUCCAAAAGAAACUUUAAAAAAGCCAGAUUACAGUUUUCAAAUGCAAUCAAGGACAUAGACAAAGGCAGCAUACAAAUCUGACUCUGUUAUACCCGUUCUGUCUGGAAGAAUGGACCAUAGGUCAAGCAAACCAUUGUAAGAAGCACAGUUUUUUUUAGCUAAUCCUAUUUGUAUAUUAUUAUCUUUAGGAAUCACAAAGUUACAGUUUUGUAAUUCUGAGUGCCGUGUGAUCUGAAUUAAAGACACUGUUUGUUGUUAUAAAACUACAUGGAGACAUGCUAACACACAACCAGUCAGGCAAGACAGUAAUCACAGAUUGAGUUCAAUUUGCUUGCUUGUUUUUUUCCAAUAAUCACGUGCUUUAUGUUGUGUAACACUGAAGCUCCUAUUUUUGUGAUAAGCGCCUAAUACAUUCAGUGAGCAUUUGAUUAGUUGUAACUUGAUGUCAGUUGGUUAAAAUCUCUCACAGGACAACAAGUUCGCAAUGAGGUCAAUAAACAAUCCAUGAACCUAGUAGGUUAUGCAGGAGCAUCUGGUUUCGGAUCCAGUUUAUCCUCUUCAAAUACAGAAGGCAAAACAAAAUAAAAAGUAGAAGGAUGUUAUUAAGCUC